GUAAAUUUCUAUCAUUUAAAUUUUUCGUAAAAGAAACAUGGCGAACCGCUAUGAUGAAAACGAGUUACUCAGAGCCCUAGGAAUAUCUUCAAAUGAUCUGCUAAAAAAUUCUAAAAGUCCGGUUAGAAAACAUAAUAAAAAGUCAAAACAGUCAAAAGUCAAUUGCAAUGAUUUGUGUCGAAAAGUUCGUUUGGAAAUGUUAAGUAGACCGAUAUGUAGAAAAUUGAGACCAUGGCCAGAUCCAGAACUAGAGGGACCUUUUGAGAUUUCUCCUGCCGCUCUUAAAGCUAAACUUACAGGUAGAUUGGAAUAUUUAGCAAUACCUAAAAAGGAAAACGAGUAUUGGGAAAGCUAUUACUCUCCAAUUAUAUCACAAAAAUAUAAAAAAAAAAUUAAAAAAAUUAGUGGUAGAUUAAUCAAACUGUCCCAACCAAGACCGUUCAUAGAUGAUGAAGAAGAAACAAUUGAACGAAAACAUUUUAAAAGCAAAAUUGAAUGGCUUGCUUAUAUGGAAAAACUUAAAAUAUUUGGUGCAGCUAGACGACCACCGCCAAGUCCGCUAGCACCAAAAAGAAACAAAAAACCAUUAAAAACAAUUAUGAAAUACUUAGAACCACUAUCGAAACCCGCCAAUCGUCCCGAGAACACUAAUGAAAGGACAUUUGAAGAAUUAAACACGAUUAAAAUUUCAGUCCUAAAACAUAAUGCCACUGAUAGAACUAAACAUUUGGCUGUUGCUAAACCAUUAAAUGAACAGACUUUGAUGGAUUUAAAUUAUGAUCCACGAGAUAAACUCUUAAACGCAAAAAAAUACAUUGCUACAGAUAGGAUCAAAGAAUUGGCGACACCAAAAGUUAGAGAAACGCCAAAAACGAUUGAAGUUAAAGCAGACGCAUUUUCAGUCAAUCCUAAUGCUUUAAAAGCUUGGUGUUCACCGAGAAUAAAACGAUUGGCCAAACCCAUCAUCAGAGAUUAAAACACCGUACAACAAUAAUACGAUUAAUGUUAUUCCAAAAUAAUAAAUUAUGCACACAUUAA